GUGUGCGUGUGCGUGUGCGUGUGCGUGUGUGUGUAGGAACUGGUGUGCGUUUGUGCAGAGGCGUGUGGUUACCACGGCGGCGGUGUGUGGAUCAGAGAAGUACGUCAUGAAGUCUCAGAGUCCGUGUCCGAGCGGGGCGCCCGACUGCCAGCUGCCCAUGUACAAGCUGUCCUCGCGGCCGCUGUACCGACAGAAGCAGCAGAUCAUCAGCGCUCUGCUGUGGCGCUGCUGUCCCGGACACGGGGGACACAACUGUGAGGACACGGCCUCCGACACACAGCUCGCCUCUGACAGCUUGGAUCUGAUUGGAGGAUCUGGAUCGGUGGAAACAGAGCUCCCUGUUCCAAUGUGA